AUGAAAGUCCUUUUUACUAUUCUCAUUGUGAGUGCAUUGUACUUCGGAUAUGUCACUGCCUGUGCCGCCUAUGGAAUUGGCAUUGAAAAGUACAGAAAGAUAGAUGUGAGUGGCUUCUAUCUCCCCAUCCAAUUGGUUGUCUCCGGAAGAAAUGUGACUAAUGGAAUCAUCAAUCAAGCUGCUGUUAGUCCAGAACAAGCUCGUCAACGUGUCAUGACUGUAACUGAAACCGUUGUUAAGAGAGUUAUUGGUGACUUGAUGCAGAUACUCGGCUUGGGUACUUUGAUCGGAGAUGUUGAAAGACAAAUCCUUGUUGAUACAGUCAGUUAUGAGCCGAUCACAUGUCAAGAGUACAAGACUCGUCUCAAUUCAACUCUCUUUACCUACGCAUCAACAUACAUCUGUGUGGUCGACGAUGAUAACAUCAUCCGCAAUGUGUGUGACAACAUGACAACUUGCAACUUGAACCAGCAUAUGUCUAUUCCAUCGGAGUACCGUCAAUUACAAAUAACUUUGAAGAUCCGAAAUAGCAUCGUGGGUACAUGGACAUCUGAUGAUUGGAAUAGAUUCUCUCGUUCAUUCCAAACUGAAAUGCUGCGAACUGAAUUUGGAACCGCCUUCAAUCAAGCCAGAAUAACAGUUUCUUAA